AUGCAUCUGCUCUAUGCUUUCCUUGCUGUGCUCUCUCUUAGCCACGGUUUCGAUCCUAACUGCCCUGGAAGGUGUAGCUGUGAUGCAGUGCAGUCUGCACAAUGCUACAGACUAACGGAAGUACCGUCGGGCCUUCCUUCCACCACCAAGAGGCUCCUCAUCAGCCACAGCAAAAUUCAACACCUCCAGCUGUCUGACUUCACUGGAAUGUUGGCUCUAGAAGAUUUUAGUCUGCUGGCCAGCGGAACAGAGUCAGUAGAAAAUGACACUUUCAAAACUCUGAGUAACUUGAAGACCUUGGAACUCUGGAAAAAUAAGUUAAGACGAGUCCCUAGUGCUCUCCCCACCAGUCUUGAAGUGCUAAAACUAAAUGAUAAUUCAAUACCUGUCCUUCACGGAUCCGAUUUUGAAGGACUGGAGAAAUUAAAAAUCCUUGAACUUAAAAACAACCUGAUCUCUUCUCUCUCUCCCAGCAUGCUCUCCUCCCUUGUCAGUUUGCAAAAUUUGAUGUUGGAUGGCAACAAUAUUGAGUCCGUAGCUGGACCACUGGCACUUCCCCAUCUGAAACACAUAAGCAUGGAGAAUAAUCAACUACAUCUGAUACCAGCUAGCUUCUUUACUUCUCUUCAGUCUUUGCAAUUUCUCAGUUUCAGUGGUAACUUUCUGACUAAAAUUCCUAUUAAUCUGCCCAAAUCCUUGCUCUCUUUAAAGAUGGAGAGAAACCAGCUCAAAGUGGUAAGAUUUCGAGAUAUGAAACACUUAGAGAAUCUUUCCCAUCUUUACCUGUCGGAAAAUUCACUCUCUUCCGUUGAAGGGGCACAGCUUCUUGCCAAUUUAACUACUCUCGAGUUGUCCCAAAACCAGCUUCAAAUGUUGCCCCUCAGACUACCAGCAAGGCUACAAAAACUUGAUAUGAGCAACAAUCUGAUUCAGAGAGUUACAGCGCAAGAUUUCCAGGACCUUCGAGACUUGAAACACUUGUUUCUGGACAACAACAUUGUCAGCUUGUUCGAAGCUGGAGCCCUGCAGAGGUGUUCUCAGCUCUCCAACCUGGCCCUGGAGCAGAACCUGCUGCUGUCUAUACCUCUAAAGCUCCCGGAGACCUUAGCCAGGCUGGACCUAAAAGGCAAUGCCAUCCAAGAUAUUGCUGAGAGGGAGCUCAAGGAUCUAAAGCAGCUUCAGGUUCUAAACCUCAGGAACAACAAGAUCUCUGCCUUAGACCUCAAAGCCUUGGAGGGGCUGCCUCGUCUCAGGCACCUGUAUCUGGAUGGAAAUCCGUGGAAUUGCACCUGUAGUCUCCUAAAAGCGAGGGAGGUCCUGAAGGCCAAGGGCACAGAUGUGAGGGGAGGACAAUGUGCAGCACCAGCUGAACGACAAGGGGAGAGCUGGAUGUCUUCCAAGAAGAUCAUGAGGCAAUGUGAGCAUCACUUACAUCUGACCGAGACAAACAAAGAAACCAAGAAGAAAUCAAAACCUGAAGAGCACUCCAGCAUCAGAAUCAACAUGGAUGAUGAUGACGAUGAUUACGAAAUUGACUAA